GGUUCGCGCCCAAAAAGUGCAGUGCGCGCUGUCAUUGACGAGUGUUUAGUUUUGCUGGCUGGCUGGUGCGGGAAAACUUCGGAACAAAAACAAUCGCAUAUUUUCGGUGGAAAAUCCGGGGAAAUCCUCGUUGUGCGAGUCCGUUUCGAUGUGGCAAUGAUACGUAGCAAGUGAUUUGAGGUGAUUGUGUUUGUCGACUUGUGGAAGGUGGCGGAGCGCGGGAGGGUUCAGUCAACUACUGCACGGAUUGUGAAUUGGACCAGCUAAAUAAAAUGAAUGGAAGCAUAGCGAAGUACUUCAAAUCCCCGAAGGAGAACGUCCAGGAGAAGAGCAAGGAUGUUGUGGAACAGAAGAUGGAUGAUGAUUUAGGGGAUUCGGCGAAGGCAAGGGCUUCCAGUAAGGUAGACGAGGCGCCUUCAAAAAGUGAUGUUGAUCGAAUGAUAGCCGAGAAUAUGGCAUCGGUGCUGAAAUCGUUGAAAAAGAAACGCAGCCACAAAUGCAGCAAGAGACGGAGGAAUGGGGAUCGUAAGGAAGAGAAGGAACAAACGAAUGACGAUGGGGAUGAGGUCCAGGAAGUGGAAACGAUCGAUAGUAAAGAUCCCCCGAGACGAUCACCCCGGAAGUCGCACAAGCAGGAGUCGGAGCAAGAAAAGCCCAAGGAAGAGCAAACCGGCAAGAAGAUGAAUGCCUUUCAGUUGAUGAUGAGCUCUCGGAACAAGGCCAUUGGUUCGAAUUCUCCUGGCAAGGAUGAAUGUUCCGGAGGCGAAGCGUCCAAUCCUGAGGAAUUGAAGAAGCGAGACGAAAAAGUAAAGAGGAAGCUGAAGCUCGAGGAAUGGGCGGAUCGUAAGGGUGCUGGGAAACGCAAGCUACAGGAAGAGGCAGAAGAGGAGUUCAUCACGCAUCAGAUGAAUCGUCGGGCUAAGCGGUUGAAGAAGCUUAUUCGUAACAUGGAACAACCGGAGGAUGAUGAGGGAGACGAUGACGUGGAGGAGGUAAAAGAGCCGAAGGAAUCUCCGAAAAAGAAAGGGAGACCGCCGAAGAAGUCGAACUUGAAGAUAAAUGAAACUCGUGGCCGCAGAAGACUGUCAUCGGACGACUCGAAACCUUCGACGCCGGUUCCGGAAGAAUCUAGCGAAAGAUCCCCAGCCAAGAAGUCCAAAGGAGAUGAGUUCGUUUGUAAGCUUAACUCCCCGUUGAAGAAAAAGGACAGUCUGCUCGGCUACUUUAACAAGAUGGACAAAUCGCCAGAGGACACAAAAUCAUCACAUGAGACCCCUCCAUCGCCGAAGCGUGGCCGUCCGCGCAAAACUCCGGUCAUCAGCCACGACAUUCCACCGGACGUCGCAGCCGUCGUCGAGAUUCAGGAAGAGCUUCAGAACGAAAACGACAGCCCGUCGAACACUACAGGACGUCCACGGCGAGCUUGCGCCGGAAAGAUCAUAGACUAUGCCGCGUUGAAUGGCAUUAGUCCGGAGAAAGAACCGCCCGGAAGACGUGGCGGCAAGAAACCCAUCGUGACUCCUCUGAAGAUAAUCAACGUGAACUCAGACACUGAUGGCAUGAAGGUGGUCAAAUCACCGUCUUUGAGAAGUCUGGAAGUUGACUCGGAUGGUACCCCCAAGUCCACACGGAACGUCAAAUUGGCUCCAUUGUUCGUGAAGAAACCGGUGGAAGAUCCGGAGAAGGUUCGUGCUCGGCAAGCAUUCUUAAUGUCCGGAAUUCCGGAAAAGAUGCGCCUCGAAAUUGAAAAGCAGCGAAGCUUUGAGGAAUCGAUUUUGAACGAAUCGCCGGUAUUUCCUCUGAUCAGUCACGUGCAGCAGCUGGUAUUUUCCGGUCGGAUAAGUGAUCAUUCUCCGUUGCGGAAUACCAAAAUAAGAAUUAAAUCAGAAUCACCGGAAACAACCCCUGACCCAGAGAAGGAGAAUGAAUUUGAGUUUGCCACUCUGAAUGAUUGCGACGACUCCGUUGUGGAGGACAUCUUGGCUAAGCUGAUUGGCUACGGGGAUUCUCAGGAGGUAUACAGUUGUGUUCUGCCUAAAAUCGGCAACGUAAAGGAAAUUGUUCGAGCGUGGAAACAGAGCUAUACGCAUUUUCCGGUAUUCAAAUGCUACAAGCAAUUCAAAGCCAUGUUUGAAGAGCAUCAUGACGAUGAUGAGCCACCUCCGCUCAAGGGACGAUCAAUUCAAGCAGACGUUAUUCUAGAGGAUAGUGUGGAAAUUGUAGAGUCGAAAUAUUGCUAUCAGAAUGGGGAGUUGCUUUUCACGGAGAAAUACAAACCGCUCGUCCCGGAUCAUAUUCUGGUAAACUGUCAGCCGGCGAUAGCUUUGAAGAAAUUCCUUUCUAUCUGGAAGGAAGAUCGCAGCAGCAAUCCAUACGACUCAGGUGACGAUUUCGAGCAUUCAAACUCCAGCAUGUCGUCCAACUCGACUCAGAUCUUGAACCACAUCGUCCUUGUUGGCCCUCCGGGAUGUGGCAAAACCAGCAAUGUCUACGCUGUGGCCAACGAAAUGAACUUUAACGUCUUGGAGAUAAAUGCCAGCAGUCGUCGGAAGGGUAAAAUCAUCCUCCAAGAGCUCCAGGAAGCUACCCAAAGUCACCAAGUCCGCAGGAAGGACGAAGCAGUGGACAUUUUCAAGAAAUCCAGAAAACCCACAAAAAUGGAAGCUCGUCAGGCUUCCAUCGAUUCCGAUGGCUCUUCUGGAUCAAAGAAACUCUCGUUGAUCUUAAUCGAAGACGCCGACAUAGUGUUUGAACAGGACGAAGGAUUUAUCACGGCCAUCAAUCAGCUGAUUGCCACUUCCAAACGCCCCAUCGUACUAACAACCACGGACCGAAACUGUCCUCACCUUUCCCGAUACAUCUCAAACAACGUGAUCCGCUAUGUAGCCCCGGGAAUCGCCCACGUAGCCAAACUACUCUCCAUCAUGUCCCUAGUCGAAAAAGUCCACCUCGAUCAAUCAGAACUGGCUCGGCUAUACGCCCUGAAUCGCAAAGAUCUGCGAAAAACCAUCAACGAACUGCAAUUCUUCGUCCAGAGCGGAGGUGAUCGAAGUCUCGCUGACGCACCCUCCCGAAUAGAGGAACCGGAACUUCGAAUGCGCGAAGAAAAAUUGCCACAAUCCUUCUUGGAUGACGACGCGUCACGACAGUCGAAUGCUUCAUCCACCAAUUCAGAUGCUCCUCCGGCACGGAAGCACACAGCUCUGUUUCGUCUCUUCAGUCGGAAUCAAAACCAGAUACAGCUCAUACGGUUCCCUAUAAACUUCGAUAAUCUGUGGUGCAAUAUGGAGCGGGUUUUGCGACAGCCCCGUAAAUUUGUACCAACCGUAUCCCCUGCGGUUACCCCUAAGCGGAAAAGAGGCCGAACCGCUGCGUCGAAACGCGUUCCUCCUAUCAAGGACAAAAGCCUCACCGAACUCGAAGAACUGGUAUUCUUCUACGAGAACAUCUCAACGGCAACCAUGAUUCAGAGGGAUUCUCGGAGUCACGAUGACCGCUUGGUGAACCACCUGGAGGAGGAGAUGGCACACGAGCUGGUGGAAAAUUCGUGGGAACGUUGGUUCGAACCGGAACCCAUAUCGACGACUGAGAGACGGCGUAGCGGAGUGGGGGCCAUGUGCUACGACAGCCUGAAGCAGUUCGAUGGCGACGAUUGUCAAACCAUAUCCUCCUACAUCGGCGUCAAUCCGCUCCAAAGCCGUUCCACGUACUGUGACUACGAGCCCUACCUGCGCACAAUUUGCCGCUGCGAGCGAGAACGGUCCCGGGUGGAACGUCGUGGCAGCCGGUUCUACCACUACUUCCGGAACUUCAUCAACUGCAGUCCGCUGCCCAGCUUGACGAACAGCAACAACUCCGGUGGUGGCAGCAUGUUUGCAACAACCAGCUUCAGCGUGGAUCACUUCGAUGCUCUGAGCAUGCGCUUCGAGCAGGAACAUCCGGUCGGGAAUUCACCAGCGGAAACAGUGGGCGACUUCUCCGAUGGAAGCCGUUAGUCGUAAGGUGAAAAGUAUCUUUCAAUUAGGACAAAAAGUACCCGGAAAAGCACCCUAGAUCAGGCUUUAGUUUCGAACCACACGUUUCUCUAGUACUAGAUAGUCAUAUUUAUUCCACAAAGUAAAUUUUUUCGACACAAUGCGUCACAUAAACGUUUCGGUAGUAAUAAUUUUUACAACUGUGGUGUUAUACACGAUGUUAUCUCGGAUACCCCUUUAGUAAUAGUA